AUGCGCAGCUCGCCAUAUUGCGCAGCAGGGCGUGAUGUGCGUCGAGACUCUCGCGGUUAACAUUGUUUAUUUUUGUUGAGCCCAGUGACCGCUUCUGUCAUUCUUUUAACAUAUAUAUUGCGCUUAACAACGUCUAACAGAGUUCUGGCUCAAAUGAAGUGCUCUUGACGUCUGUCGUCGCUUUAAAUAGUUGUAGAGUCCGGCUCAAGUGUGUUACGCGCGGUUAGCCGCUAACAAGAUUCACUUCAGAACCACCGAAACUGGACGGAUAAACACAGACUCGUUUACAGGACACAGAACAGGUACAGUUUGGAUGGACUCUUCACUGGCCGCAGUGCAUUGCUGAAACGAGUCUGAAGCAGCACACAGGAGUCUCUCUGAAGCCUAUAACCAGCGCAGGAUGUCCAUCACAAACCCCCCCACCAGUAACGACGCCUGUCUGAGCAUCGUGCACAGUCUGAUGUGUCACAGACAGGGCGGCGAGAGCGAGACCUUCGCCAAACGGGCCAUUGAGAGUCUGGUGAAGAAACUGAAGGAGAAGAAAGACGAGCUGGAUUCGCUCAUCACCGCCAUCACCACCAACGGUGCUCAUCCCAGCAAAUGUGUGACCAUACAGAGAACACUAGACGGCCGUCUGCAGGUGGCCGGUCGUAAAGGAUUCCCACAUGUCAUCUAUGCACGGUUGUGGCGAUGGCCGGACCUUCAUAAGAACGAGUUGAAACACGUCAAGUACUGCCAGUUUGCCUUUGACCUGAAGUGUGACAGCGUGUGUGUGAACCCUUACCAUUACGAGAGAGUCGUGUCUCCAGGAAUAGAUUUAUCUGGACUUACACUUUCAGGCUCUGGUCCGUCGGGUCUGAUGGUGAAGGACGAGUAUGAUUAUGAAGGCCAGCAGUCUCUGCCCAGCACUGAGGGACACAUGCAGACGAUUCAACACCCUCCCUCUCGCCCGGUGGCCCAGGAGCCAUUCAACACGCCCUCCAUGCUCCCGCCAGCAGAGGGCAGCAGCUCGGCCUCCACCUCCGCCUUCUCCAGCAUCGCAGUGGGAUCCACAACUCAGCCCAAUAGUGUUCUCUCAGGAAGCCACAGCAGCGAUGGUCUGCUGCAGAUUGCCUCUGGGACGGGGCAGGGCUCACAGCAGAAUGGUUUCCCCCCCGGCCAGCCCUCCACGUACCACCACAACGCCAGCUCCAGCUGGACGAGGAACAGUAAUUUCCCCCCCACCGUGCCUCACCAUCAGAACGGUCAUCUCCAGCAUCAUCCGCCCAUGGCCCAUCCAGCACACUUCUGGCCCGUUCACAACGAAAUCGCGUUCCAGCCACCGAUAUCCAACCACCCUGCUCCAGAGUACUGGUGCUCCAUCGCUUACUUCGAGAUGGACGUUCAGGUGGGCGAGACCUUUAAAGUUCCCUCGUCCUGUCCCAUCGUGACCGUGGACGGGUACGUGGACCCCUCCGGAGGAGACCGCUUCUGUCUCGGUCAGCUCAGCAACGUCCACCGAACGGAGGCGAUCGAGAGAGCGAGACUGCACAUCGGGAAGGGCGUCCAGCUGGAGUGUAAAGGGGAAGGGGACGUCUGGGUUCGCUGUCUGAGCGAUCACGCCGUCUUCGUCCAGAGCUACUACUUGGAUCGUGAAGCCGGUCGAGCUCCAGGAGACGCUGUGCACAAGAUCUACCCCAGCGCUUACAUCAAGGUGUUUGAUCUGCGUCAGUGUCACAGACAGAUGCAGCAGCAGGCAGCGACCGCACAAGCAGCAGCAGCCGCUCAAGCAGCAGCGGUGGCCGGAAACAUCCCCGGCCCUGGAUCUGUGGGAGGAAUCGCUCCUGCUAUCAGUUUGUCUGCGGCCGCUGGAAUCGGUGUGGAUGACCUCCGCCGGCUCUGCAUCCUGCGCAUGAGCUUCGUGAAGGGCUGGGGUCCGGAUUACCCCCGACAGAGCAUCAAAGAGACGCCCUGCUGGAUCGAGAUCCACCUGCACCGCGCGCUGCAGCUGCUGGACGAGGUCCUGCACACCAUGCCCAUCGCUGACCCCACGCCGCUGGACUGAGACUGAGAGUCAACACCAAUCAGAUCCACAGCUGCAUUUACUCAAUUUGAUCGUCUUGUUUUUACCUGUGUUGCUUUUGUUCUUGAAACAUUCAGACCUUGAAGUGCACAGGAUUUAUUGAUCUAUAUCUAUAUGCAAAAGUGUUUUUCAUGAUGAUGAUGAUGAUGCACAGCGGAGGUGCAUGCUGGGAUUCGGUUGAGUCUGUUUAAAUGAAUUUGUUCCCAGACAUUUUCUUUGUGCGGUUGCUUCACUAGCCAGUAGAGUCUCCCAUUAUGAUGCCAUUUUCAGGUCAUCAUUUUCAUUUCUUUUUCUACUUUGUUUGAUCAUCAUCAUCAUCAUCUCUGUAAUGCAGUCCAGAGUCUCUCAGGCCAGACGUCUGUGGUCUGGAAGUGCGAUGGGAAUCAUGUAGCAGAAGAGGUUUGGACUCGCAGUCGUAUAAACAAGUGCUGCAUGAACCGAAGACAUGCGGUUUCUUUCAUGCUUCUUGCAGCUAAUUGGUGCUUUUUUUUUCUUUUUUUUGCAAGUUUCUCACUGCAUGCUUCUGAUAUAAUCAUAGCUAGACGUAUUAGUCUAGACUCAUACAUGCACACGCAGUAUCAACCGGCUUUUUCUUUUCUUUUAGACAUGUACUACUUCUAGCACUUUAUGCAUGUGUUUUUCUUUCCAUUUUUCAGUUUCUCUUCUCUGCAGCCUGUGAAUAAAAAUGUUCUGCAGCUCUUUUACAGAAAACAAAUUGUUUGUGUCUUCAUCAGGUUUGUAGAAAUGCGGCAAUGCAUCAGUGUCUCAUCAAUGGAUGCUCUGCAGUGAAUGGGUGCCGUCAGAAUGAGAGUCUGAUAAAAACAUCACAAUAAUCCACAGCACUCCAGUCCAUCAGUGAACAUCUGGAGAAGACAGAACAUAACAGAUAGUACACUAGCAUAAUAACACUUCCUCCAGUGAAGAAGUGCAUCUGCUGUUGUCUCUCACAGAUUAGUUUAGAUCUGUUUAAACGCUGCUUGAUCUGUGCAGAUUUCUCUCCUGAUUCAGACCAGAACACUUUUUCACUGGAGGAAGUGUUAUUCUGGAUUAUAGACUCUAUGUGUUUGAGUUAAAAUCAUCUUAAUGCUGGAUGUGUUUCAGGUUUUGUCUUCUCCAGAUGUUCACUGAUGGACUGGAGUGCUGUGGAUUAUUGGGAUGUUUUUAUCAGACUCUCGUUCUGACGGCACCCAUUCACUGCAGAGCAUCCAUUGAUGAGACACUGAUGCAGUGCUACAUUUCUACAAACCUGAUGAAGACACAAACUCAUCCUGAUCUUGAGUAAACUGAGGAAAUGUUUAUUUUCAGGUGAACUGAUCCUUUAAUGCAUUACUGGUUUCACUGGUGAAAGGUCACAAGGGCUCCAUUUGAUCUGUGUCUAAAGGAAACUAAUGACUUAAUACUUUUAUACCACUAAUCUCUCUGUUUUUAAGCGCACACACCAUGUUCUCCUCUGAUGCCGGAGAAUAUCAGUUAUAAAUGAUGCUCAUGUGUGGAUUUGAGAUGAACUGGAACGGUGUGUGUGUUGAUGUGAACAUUGAAAGCCAUACGACAUGAACAUGAUGGAAAAUAAGAUGUCAGUAUUAUUCAGAGCUUGUGUUUUCUCUGUGAAAUGACAGACUCACUCUUUUAGUAAGUCUUGCAUGUCUGGGAGUGAGUUUAGAUGACAGAUCAAUACUUCUGUUAACCCUGAUUUCAUAUUCUGUUCAAAAAGAUUUAGGAAAGUUCUGAAUGAGGAGAGUGUUUCCUCAUAUAGCGCAUACUUUUAGCAGUUUAUUAAAUACAGUAUAAUAUCACCUAGA